UUCAAGGCACGACAAGUUGUCAGCGAGAAGGGCAGAGGUGUGAGGAGUCACUGGAGAAGAAGGAGCAUGUUGGAGAGGAAGACGUUAGCUUUCGCAGAAACAUAAGGAGGCCCAUCUAAAACAUGAAGCGCUGAGAAGAAGUGGGGGACACAAAGCACUUUUGUGGAAGGAGCCAAGAAGAGUUGAGGGAAAUUAAAGAUAGGAGGUAAAAGAGGUGUCUGCUGGAAGUAUGGGGUGCAUUCACAGCAAGAGCGCCAGCAGGAUGAGGAAACAUGGACCUGAUACUGACACAGGAGGAAUCCCCAUAAAGGCGGACCCUGAGGUGCAUCCUGAAAUCCUUCAACUUGCCGAGCUCGCCAAAGCAAGAAGCCACAUCUUCACAGAGAAGAGCUUCAAGAGGAAAAGGGUGUGCAAUGUGUGCAAGCAGAGCAUCGACAACCCCGGGGCUUUCUGCAAGGAGUGCAACGUUGCAGUUCACAAGACAUGUGAAGCCAAGGUGACUCCCACCUGUGCCUCAACAUCAGACCUGCACGGCUCCACUAAAUCUACACCACAGAAGAAGAGAGGCUCCCUACCAAGGAGUAAAAGUUUGGAACAAGUGAUGGAGAAUGUGAUGGAGCGCCACUAUGACUUUGACCUCACCUACAUCACGGAGAGGAUCAUCUCUGUCUUCUUCCUGCCGGACCUGGAGGAGCAGCGGUACCGCAGAAACCUACAGGAAGUGGCCUCCAUGCUGAAAUCCAAGCACCAAGACAAGUUCCUGCUACUGAAUUUAUCAGAGAAGAGACAUGACAUCACCAGACUUAACCCAAAGGUGCAGGACUACGGCUGGCCUGAUGUUCACGCCCCACCCCUGGACAGGAUUUGUGCUGUUUGUAAAGCCAUGGAGACCUGGCUGACCUCUGACCCCAACAACGUGGUGGUCCUCCACUGCAAGGGAAACAAAGGGAAGACGGGGGUCAUCGUGGCAGCCUACAUGCACUACAGCAAGAUAUCAGCUGGAGCGGAGCAGGCUCUCACCACUCUAGCAAUGAGAAAGUUCUGUGAGGACAAAGUCUCCUCUUCCCUACAGCCCUCUCAAAACAGGUACAUCUACUACUUUGGUGGGUUGCUGUCAGGUACCAUCAAAAUGAACAGCAGUCCUCUGUUCCUCCACCAGAUCCUCAUUCCAUCACUACCAAACUUCCAGACGGGAGGAGGUUUUUAUCCAUUCCUGAAAAUCUACCAAUCUCUCCAGCUUGUCUACACUUCAGGCGUCUAUGAUCCCCAGAGCUCCAGGGCAAGGAAGCUGUGUGUGACGAUGGAGCCAGCGUUAUUAUUAAAGGGGGAUAUUAUGGUGAAGUGCUACCACAGGCGGAGUCAAGCAGCAGAGAGGGAGGUGGUGUUCAGAGUCCAGUUCCACACCUGCACUGUUCACGGAGCCCAGCUAUGGUUUGGCAAGACUGAACUGGACCUGGCCUGCACAGAUGACAGGUUCCCUCCAGAUGCUACAGUCGAGUUUAUCUUCUCCAAUGGGCCAGAAAAAAUGAAAGGUCGAGAAUACCGCAAGAAUGACACCUCCAUCAAAGUGGACUACAACACGUCAGACCCUGUGGUCAGAUGGGAUUCUUAUGAGAACUUCAACCUGCACCACCAAGACAGCAUUGAAAAUAUUUCUCAUACGAGGGGCCCUCUGGACGGCAGCCUGUACGCCCAGGUGAGGAAGCGUCGAGGGCCGGGCUCGACUGCCUCAGCAGCGUCACUCAACGGAUGCCUCACAAGCAGCCCAACAGUCAAGCCUCAAACUCCCAGCCAGCCCCAGACUUUCACCUACACCUCUGACUCUAGCCGCUCCUCAGUCCGCUCUGAUCACCUGGAAGAUGCCUCUCCGCUCAUAAACCGCUCAGAAAAAGAAAACACUGACUGCCUAUUGAGGAGAGGAGAUGGGGAAGAUGGAGCAAAAGAGAAAAGAAGAGGGAAAGAAAAGGAUAGAGAGACAGCGAUUUUAGAUGACGGAGACCCGUCAAGUCCUGGCGGUUUGAGGCGAGAGCACUCAAACUGCGGCCAAGCCGCUACAAAGUUUGGCAAUGGCGGAUGGGAGAGGGAACGAGAGUCCUGCCUUUCUGAUGGUCGUUGUCUCAGCCAUUGCAACAGCAUUAAAAAGAAUCCAAAAAGCCAAACUCUGCCGGCUUUACCCUCCAAAUCUUUGUCCCCGCCUCCUCAUUCAACUCAUAUUGAACUCUGCCAUCGACAUAGUGCCCAUCCUUUACCAGAGUUACCAUGGGAACGUCCAACCCCACCCCCGCCCCUGCCCUGCCUCCACAGGCCUUGCUACCCUUAUUCCACCCCGGAACACACCCACCCUCACAGCCACACCCUCCCAGCCUUAAACAGACUCUGCACUGGGGAGGAGUGUCACCUCCUCCAUUAUUCCAGCCACAACUCAGCCUCUCAUCUCUCCCAUCAAUCACUGCCCUCCAGCCCAUACAGGGAAAUGUUCUUCAGCUCUCCAACGCCAUCCUCUGGUUGCACCUGUCGGGACUGCUCCAGCAGGCGAGAGCACCAGGCAGCUAGAGCAUUCCACCCAUUGCACCCCGACCAAUCAGAAAACCCACACUGGUCCCAAGGAGUACAACGAACAAGAGAGGCGCCUAUAUGGGAAAGUGAAAAUCCAUGGGAGGUGGCGAGAGAGGCAGAGUUCUGGCAGUGCAAAUCAGCCAUGCCUGCAUUUCGUGUCUGCCACUCCAUUUUGGAUCAGAGUCCAAACCCAGAGCCAAGAUAUGCCAUCGGACCUCAUCAGGGCUACCCGAGCCCCCAGUCUCUGAUGGAUGUGCGUGAUGGAGCCAGCAGUGGGUACCACACUCCACCACAGCCCCGCCACUCCUGCCCCUGCUCUCCUUAUCAGUCAUCCCCAGCAGAGAGCCAUGAGAGCCGGAGUUACGCCUCAGGCUACCACUCUGGAUCAACCUCGCCUCUGCCCGCUAGUAGCCCCUCUCCUGGGAGAGGCAGGCUGCCCGAGCCUCUCUCUGGAUCUAGAGACCAGCAGCACUCUGAGCAUCACAAAGUGGAACAGGCCAAGGCUGAUGUGGAGGAUGACAUAUCCCAGGGUUCAGAGGGUAAAUCGGACUCUAUUGGACAGUCCAGCACCCCUGGACUGGACUCUGAUCAUGACUACACAAUCAUUGGUAGCAGCAGCCCCACACAUGCAGAAGACAGUGUAUCUGCUGAUAGCCCUCCUCAAAGCCAGGAAGCCUCGACACAUCUGGAGUCCAGCACAGAUUGCAGCAAAGCCAUUUCACCAGUACCAAGCGAAACACAAACCCAAAGUUCCAACAUAUCCAUAAACUCCACACAAGCAUCAAGUGAGCAGAGUUUGAGCUCUGAUAGUAAGCUUGUAGUCGCCCAGAUCACAGGAAGUGCAGAGGAAUCUAACCAAUUACAGACUUCAAACUAUGCCACUGUCAUCAUCACUCCGGUCCAAGUGCAACUGAAUGGCUCCGAUCUUCCCAGCGAUACCCCAUCUGACGGCAGCAGAGGCGUUUCCAUGAACCUUUCUGCCAGUCUCAGUUCUAGCCCUUCCACCACUUCCCCUAAUUCUCCUAUCGGCUCCCCAGACCUUCAGUCUUCUCCCCAGCGAUCCACACCAUCUACAGACACAGCGGGACAAAGUCUGACUCCGGAAAGAGACAGCUCAACCGACACUAAACCCCCAUCCCCUGUGUCCGACGGAUAUCAUACACCAACCUUCCCUUUAGCGUCCUAUUACUACCCAUUACUGAACGUCCCUCAUGUACCAUACACUGGGUAUACUGCAAUCACCAUCCCCUCCAUCCAGCCACCGCUCCCCGAGAAGAAACGUCUUUCUACCACACAAGGAUCCCUAAACGGACACAACUCUCUACUCCGGGUCUCCUCAGCUCCUCCCCCGAUGCACCACGUUACUUUCUCCCCCUGUGUGGGAGAGCAGAGACGGGGGUCUUCACAACACAGCUUCAGGGAGGAGGCCGACAUCAGGGUCAAUGCAAAGUUUGUCCAGGACAGCUCCAAGUACUGGUACAAACCUGGCAUCUCCAGAGACCAAGCCAUAGCUGUUUUGAAGGACAAGGGGCCGGGAACUUUCCUCAUCAGAGACAGUAACUCCUUCCAGGGAGCCUACGGUUUGGCCCUCAAGGUGGCCACCCAUCCUCCUAAUGCCAACAUCACUGGCUGCAAAGUGGACCCUCUGGAACAGCUGGUGAGACACUUUCUUAUCGAGACUGGGCCACGGGGAGUGAAGAUCAAGGGCUGUCAGAACGAGUCCUACUUCGGAAGUUUAUCUGCUCUAGUGUACCAGCAUUCAAUUACUCCUAUCUCUCUGCCAUGUGCCCUUCGCAUCCCAGAAAAAGAUCUGAUUGGGGAGCUUCAAGAGAUACACAGCGCAACAAACACCAGCACAGCGGCUGACCUCCUCAAACAAGGAGCAGCUUGCAACGUGCUGUACCUGAACUCUGUGGAAACUGAGUCUUUGACGGGUCCAGAGGCCAUCUCAAAGGCAACCAAGUGUACUUUGGCCCUGAGUCCACGUCCAGUGGCAACAGUGGUCCACUUCAAAGUGUCUGCUCAGGGCAUCACUCUAACCGACAGCAAAAGAAGGCUAUUUUUCAGGAGACAUUACCCGAUCAACAGUGUGACUUUCAGCAGUAUUAACCCCCAAGACCAGAGGUGGACUAAUUCUGAUAGCACUUCAAGCAAGAUGUUUGGUUUUGUGGCGAGGCGGACUGGCAGCGCUACAGAGAACGUGUGUCACCUGUUCGCAGAGAUGGACCCUGAGCAGCCAGCUGUGGCCAUCGUCAACUUUAUCAACAAAGUCAUGCUGGGACCUCAACUACGCAGAUGAGAGAGAAGGAGAAUUUGAUAACUCUGGACUAUUGGCGAUCUGGGGGAGAUGUUAAUAUGAUUUUUAAUGAAGUGUGUGUGACUACAUGUGUCGGCACCACUGUGCACGGCUGUAUGACUGUUUUUAUAAGUUCUGGCAGAUCAUCACUGCUCUGUGGGGUAAAGUAUUGUUUAUGUCAGUUUACAGAGCAAAAAGUUAAGAGAGGAAAAGUUUGAUAAGCCAAAGACUGACCUCACUUGGCCAGCCUUUGCCAAAUGAGAUUGAAUAACAGUUUUUGUUGGGUUUUUUAGUUUUGAAUAUUUGUAUUUGUAUUUACUUGUUUCAAAUAUUUCACAUGGUGUACAACAAAGUUCACAAGCUGCGUAAGGGACAAUCAAUGUACCACACUGUAAUUUGUUUUAAGUUUCUUUACAUCACAUUAAAAAAAGGGUUCUUCUACAAGUAGUAAAAUGUAAGAGUCAUGAUGUCAUUAGCUGACAUGCAAAGUAUCACAUUGUACCAGAUGUGGUAUAAAGUGGCAUAAAUACAAUUUCGGUGAAAUAGUGUGAAUAUGUGUGAAAUAGUAAGUGUAAUGAUUAACGACAUUAUGUAGAGGAAAAAGUGUCUUUGACUACAUUAUAAGUCAGUGGUUACGUACAUAUUUGUAACAAUUCACCACAUUGUGUUUUCAAUGCAACUAAACUAUUAAAAGUGUAUUUUGUUGAAGUGCUAACUACAGAUGUAGUAGCAGGAUUAUGCUAAAUCUCCUCCCUAAAAUUUAAAACAGACAGAUGCUUUCACAAAAUAUUAUGUGGCUACAAACUACAUGAAAAAUGGGGGUCAGCAUUAAAACUGAGUUAACAAAUGUUAUUUAAAAGACAUGACCUACAUAUUUACAACAUUUCUACAGCUACAAACAAAAAGCCUUACUUUGUGAAGUUAAGAGGAAGUUCUCAUAUGAGAAAAUAUACAAUGUCUGCAAUGUUGGUUAUGUCAUUAUAAAAAGAUCCGGUACCAGAAAAGUCUCUCCAUAUCACAUAUUAGUCUUGGUCCUGUGUAUGUCCCUAUUGAAUUCACCAAUAUACAUAACAACACAUAAUAAGUAAGUAAACGGGGAUUUUCACUUUAAGCCAAAGACUUCAUUAUUUUGUAAAGAUUUUUGAAAGUUUGAUUUUUUUUUUUUACUUAUUACAUUUUUGUUGAUUGAUAUAUGUGUGUUUUAUAUAAACUGAUAGAGUAUUUAGAUGACUUCAGCUCAAUAAUAAUUUUUUAACAAUGGAUUUUUAUGUAAAAGAAGUAAUAUAUUUUAGGCCUCUGAGAAGAAUGUUGUCUGUCAUAUUUGACAGGAAAUUUAAGUAAUAAAAUUAAUGAAACGCAA